GUUCAGUGAGAAAGGUUUGCCCCACCCCAUCUCUUCAACGCAAUCUAUCUCAAUGUACAAUUCCCACAGAACGGGAAAAAAGCAAAAAAAUACCCCAAAGAAACAGAUUUUCUCGCGUUUAUUCAGAAGUAGACACGGCCUGUCAAUGAAGAAAUUGCUGUCACGUUGGGAUUUGUGCUUUUAAACCGCCGUAUCUUCAUGUGUCUGUAUGCACAUGUAUAUCUACCAUCCGAAUUCAAAAGGAAUACAAAGCUGGGUCUGACAGCAGGCUGUAGCAGCGAGAAACUGGAAAAUAGCGAAGGAUUUUCUUAAAUUUGCUUCCGUUGGAAGGUUCACAACGAGUAUAAGACGAAUCGGUGCUCGUAAGUGGAAGGCUUACAGAUGUGAGGAGAAACGAAUUAGAGCGACAGAAAAACAGAGAAGGGCCAAGCCCUGCAAGCAGCCACCAUCGCCGGAGAGGAGGAAAAAUAAAAUAAUUUCUGGGAAUAUAACGGAACACCGGAGACUCGGUGGGGACAACGCCGUCUUUUUACGGAUUUAAAAGGAUUCGUAUUUUUAGAAGAGCUAGUGAAAAUGAUCUACAUGCCGUCGUUUUAGUGGAAAUAUUUAUUUUUAUUUUUUCGGUCUCUCUCUCUCGCUCUCUCUCUAUCUCUCUCUCUGUGGUGGAAGACGGUUUGGGAAGAAACAGAAAAUUCGACGUUCAUUGAACGGUGUUUUUAACAACAGUAAUAGCUGGCGCCGGGCUAUUAGCGUGACUGAUCGAUUCUCAGUGAGAAAUUUCAUAAAUCGUGUUUGGAUUUCUGUUCCUCCGUAAGACGUCGUGGAAAUCCCGAAACGAUUUCUUCAUGCCUUUGAACGUAACUUAAGAUGCAGAUACACGUUUAGCUUGUUUUAAAUGCAUACACAUUCAAUCAAUGAUAAUAUCAACAACAACAAUAAUAAUAAUAAAUAAUAAUAAUAGUAGGCCUAAUACAUAGAGGAAUUAUCAGUCUGAGAGGGCGGCCCGGGUGUCGUCAUCAACACUACCACCCGUUCUCAGACUGACUUUUACAAAAUAAUUACACGUAUAAAUUCUACUAGUAUUUAAAACUUUAUUAACGGUAUUACUAUUUAUACAGUGCAUUCGUUGUGUUUGUAACGAUAUAUAAAUGUCACACAUCUUUGUCAAGGUGUUCAUUUUGUGGGCCAAUCUAGGGAUUUAGGCUUAUUUAUUUAUUUAUUUAUUUUAUUAACCCCCACCCCCUCCCCGAACCUUUUAUUGGGUUUUUGGGAAGAUGGGUUGUUUGGGCACCAGUAAGACUGAAGACCAGCGAAAUGAGGAGAAGGCACAGAGGGAAGCGAAUAAAAAGAUUGAGAAACAGCUUCAAAAAGACAAACAAAUAUACCGAGCAACGCACCGGCUACUACUACUAGGAGCUGGAGAAUCGGGGAAAAGUACCAUAGUCAAACAGAUGCGCAUCUUGCAUGUCAAUGGCUUCAACGCAGAAGAGAAAAAACUGAAAAUUCAGGACAUUAAAAAUAACAUUAAAGAAGCUAUAGAGACAAUAGUGGCAGCCAUGAGCACGCUGGCGCCUCCGGUCCAGCUAGCCAAUCCCGAGAACCAGUUCCGAAUCGAGUACAUCCUCAACUUAGCCAAUCAGAAGGACUUUGAAUUUCCAUCUGAGUUUUAUGAACAUGCAAAGACCCUGUGGCAGGAUGAAGGGGUGAAGGCCUGCUUUGAGAGAUCCAAUGAAUAUCAGCUGAUCGACUGCGCACAGUACUUUUUAGACAAGAUUGACAUCGUGAAGCAGAGCGACUACACUCCCACCGAUCAGGACCUAUUGAGAUGCCGAGUGCUGACGUCUGGGAUUUUUGAGACGAGAUUCCAGGUGGACAAAGUAAAUUUCCACAUGUUCGAUGUGGGAGGUCAGCGGGACGAACGCAGGAAGUGGAUCCAGUGUUUUAAUGAUGUGACGGCCAUUAUUUUUGUGGUGGCCAGCAGCAGCUACAACAUGGUGGUACGGGAGGACAAUCAGACCAACCGCCUGCAGGAGGCCCUCAACCUCUUCAAGAACAUCUGGAACAACAGGUGGCUCCGCACCAUUUCCGUCAUCCUCUUCCUCAACAAACAGGACCUGCUGGCCGAGAAGGUUUUGGCGGGAAAAUCCAAAAUCGAGGAGUACUUCCCAGAGUUUGCGCGCUACAUCACGCCUGAUGACGCUACGCCCGAGCCCGGGGAGGACCCGCGAGUCACCAGGGCGAAAUACUUCAUCCGGGACGAGUUCCUGAGGAUCAGCACGGCCAGCGGGGACGGCAGGCACUACUGUUACCCCCACUUCACCUGCGCCGUGGACACCGAGAACAUCCGACGCGUCUUCAACGACUGCCGGGACAUAAUUCAGAGGAUGCACCUGCGACAGUACGAGCUUUUGUGAUGGAACGGGCAGAAAAGACAGACUCCAGCCUCCAAACCCCCUCCACCCCCCACCUGCCCCUCCUGACCCCCUAACCCCUCCCCCGUGACCUCUACCCCCUCUGCCUUUCAAUAAAAGAAAAAUUACAGUGUGAUCUAAAGACUUCUCAACACAGCAAUGACCACAGCAAGCCAGGGCCGCUGAACUCCACCAUACUUGCGCUCAGGACUGUAAUGUGUUUUCACACAAAUACACACACAUACACACACACACACACAGGCGCACACACACACACACACACACACGAAUACUCACACACACACACACACGAAUACUCACACACACACACACUCACACAUACUCACACAAAUACACGCACGCGCACACACACACACACACAUAUACGCGUGCACACACACAUACACACACGUAUACGCACGCUUGUGCACAUACAGCACGCACGUAUGCACACACACACACACAUACACACAUACUCACACACACAUAUACACACACUGUAAUCUUCUACCCCAUGUUCUCUCCUCACACAAACAAUUAUUUUCUGCCCAUUGAACGCCUAUCAAGACACACACGCACAACACACACAAUACACACACAGACAUGCACGCACGCACACACACACACACACACACACACAGGCUUUUAUUACAUUUCACAGUUGGUCCUGAAGUGCAGUGAUUGCCUGACAGACUCUGGUCCUUUCGCACCUCCUGAGAGACGGACACACGCACGCACACACGCACACACACACGUGCACACAGAAGACAGGCACGAGGAUAGGAGGAAAGGACACAGCCAGCGGACAGAAGAGUGUAAAGCCAGUGAAGAGGUGGACUGUAGGAGCCUCAGUCCUGGGGGAGGCUGGCCUGGAAGUGAGCGUUGCCCAGGACACCGUAGUGCUCAUGGGACUGUCACAUGACCUGCUCUUCAACAGCCAACGGGGAGGAGUUCCGAGAACACACCAUGCAGAACAGAACUCCACGCAGUGCAAAAAAGAUCCAAACUAUAUAUAUAGAUAUUUAUAUAUGUUUGUAUAUAAAUAUGUAUAUAUAUAAAUAUGAUAUAUUCCUGUAAUAACACAGCUCUUCUGUCUGUUAGUCUCCCCAGUUGUGUGUUGGUGUACACUGUGUGUGCAAUCUGCCACUGUGCACCAUUUUGCCCUCCCCCUCUCCCUCUAUCCCCCCCUCUCUCCCCUGGCCCUUUCUUUCUCUCCUCCUCGUCUGACUCCCCCACCACCCUUUCUUUCUCUCUGUCCGCAUCACUGCUACCAAACCCCAUUGCCCUGUUCCCUUUGGGUUUUUUUAAUGGGGGGCUUCUUCGGAAAAAGGAGUGUAAUGUUCAAAAAGCAAAAAGAAGAGGACGGUCACCUGGACACAGAGCCCACCCCCUUCACUCCCUCCUCUCCUCUCCCUCCACCCCCCAACACACACACACACACACACACACACACACACAACACACCCCCCCCCCCCCCCGACCCAGGCUUUCAGUAUGUCUAUCUUUAUUUUCCUGCUGGACUAUUAUUCUUGUACAGACUGUAAAAUGUAUUAUUUUGUACAACUUUAUUGAAAAAAAUAACUUGUAGAAGAUCCCUGUGCCUUGAUCACGACUGUACGUGUAAAAUGAGCUAAGAUGUAAGGUUUGUUUCACUGCGCUGUACAGCUUGGCUAGCCCCCCCCCCAACCCCCUGCGCUGUUCGCUUCCCCUGGGGGGGGCUGCCGUCCGUAGCUUAGAGUUUUCCCCCCCCUUCCGUUUAUUUGUUCAUUAAUUUUGUCUUUUUUUUUUCCCCCCUCUGGUUCAUAUAUAUGUUCAUAUAUAUGAAGAGGAUUUUUAAAAACAAACCUAAUGCUGUUUAGAAAAACCAAGAACUCUGACACGGUAGGAUACUAUAUUUAUGGAUAUGUAGAUAUAUCCUUUCAGUAAGCUUCUCACAGAUUUUUUUUUUGGCCACCAACAUCAGCCUACAUGUUUCUGAGGGGUGGGGGGGGGGGGUGCGAAGGGAGGAUUACUCAUUUUUAUUUGUUUGGGGUUUUUUUUUCCUUUUUUUUAGCUUUAACUUUUAAAGGAGAGGGGAAAAUGCAAAAACAUUGCUUGUUUCUACAUAAACCAAAUUGUUUUGCUAAAAAAAAAAAAUCGCUAUUAGUGUUUGGGUCGUUCCUAGUACUGCACAAACAGGGGCGGGGCCGGUCUCACUUCAGCCAAUCCGGUUAAAGGCAGCGAUGGGUUCGUGGAGGUCAGAGACCUCGGGGGGGAAGGAUCUUCAAAGACUUUGUGUCCCCAGAAAUUUCCGCACCUAACCACCUGAAAGGUCUUCAUAUGCUACCUGCCUGCCUGCUCAUGCUGAUAGUUUCAUAUCAUAAUGAUGCUUAAAUACUGUGUUUUAAUGGGAGGGCAGAACAUUUCUCUUUAGCUGAGACUGUAGACCAGAGGUUCCCAAACUCAGUCCUGGGGACACACCGUGCUGGUUUCUGUUACGCCUAUUGUCUGAAUUAAGAUCAAUUAAGAUAGAUAAAACGCCGGUUUAACGUCUUCAACUGUUUCUUUGAUCUUUUAACACAAUGCCAAGGCGUCUUACUUCUGUUUUACUGUCGUUGAACUCUCACCUUUCGUUUCCAGAUACGCUUUAGUUUUGGUCCGCAGGAACCUUAACUUUCAGCAGUUACUGACCCCUGUGAGUCUGUAAUGUAAUCAGUUAAGAAGGCAGUCUAUUUCUGAAGACAUCGCUUGCCGUAUAGUGGAUUUCAGUGCAUGAAACCAUCGGUUGAUCUGAUGAAAUGACCUGUAUUAUAAAUAUGGGACAUGUAUUCUUCAUGGCCAGCUCAGCUGUUUCUGACAUAAUGUGGCCAGAAGAGGGUCCAUAAUCACUCAAUAGAAAGUGUAAUUAUGAACUAUUAACACCUUGUUACUAUUCAGAAGUUGCAGUUACGAUUGGAACAAAAACCAGCAUACUGACAGGUUCCCCAGAGUUUGGGAACCCCUGCUUUAGGUCACAUCUGUCUAAAGGUGGGGGGGGAGGGGUAUAAACGCAACGGUAAUUUGAUUUUCAUUUUGAUCCCAUUUUUGCCUACUUUUCAAGUCUCAACUUGCUACAGCAACAAAUGAGUGCAAUUUUAAUAACGAAACCAAACUAGAAUUACAGUCCUUUACAUUGA